CGUUUUAUAGACUCCUUUAGCACGAAAUACGAAAGCAAGACCCCCUUUCGCACGUAAUGGGAAUGCAAGAACCCUUUCGCACGAAGACCAAAACUGUAGGCAUAAAUUUGUCUGUUUACUGCGCGCCAAAGCGAUGCUAAAACUUUGGGUUCUCAAAUCUCUUAAUAAAUAAAUAAAUUGCAGUGCACAAUUUUGAGGAAAAUUUGUUUAUUUAAUUGGGGAUAAAUUCAGUAUUGAAGCUUAGAUAGAAUUCUGCAACUUCGGUUAGGGUUUAAUUGGGGCGUAACCAGCUUCAAAGUUCAGGAGUUCAAACGAGGGUAAGUUUGAUAAAAGCUCUGAUCUGUGCAAUUGCAACUUGACGUUUAAUCCACAGCGAAUUUGGCACGAAAAGCUCAGGGGUUCACUUUUGAGUGAAUUCAGAUGGAUCAAAGCUCAUUUGAAGUUCUAAAACUGUUCAUUAGGGUUUGAUUUGGGGAAGGGUUCAUUUGGAGUAGUUGCAGGAGAAAUGGCGUCUCCGAGUGCUCCUACCGAUGCUGCUAAGGAGAGGGAAGCAAUGCUGGAUCACAUGUUGACUCGCCUUGCACUCACUGAUGAUUCAAAGCUUGAAACUGUUCUCUCAAAGCUGCUCCCUUACUGCAUUUCCAGCCUAUCACUGCCUCUCCCAUCGAUUCGACAGAAGGUGAUGGAAAUUCUGACUCAUAUAAAUAAGCGAGUGAAACACCAACCAUCAAUUCGCUUGCCUUUGUUUGACCUAUGGAAACUAUGCGUGGGGGUUGACACUGGACCUUUUGUAAGAAACUUCUGUAUUGUGUACAUCGAGAUGGGCUUUGAUCGCUUGACUACUGAGGAGAAAGCAAAUAUAGUUCCCGAGUUUAUUGCCAAACUUUCAAUUUUGUCUCCUCAACAUCAAGAUAUAUUACUCAGGGUUAUUGCAAAGGGGAUUGGUGAAUGCCAUUCAAGUCAGAUUGAUGAAGGAAUUGCCUCCAAAUAUAAAGCAAUAAACAUGGCUGUUGAAGGCCAGCUGUUUAUUGAAUUUUGCCUCCAUACAAUUUUGUAUCUGCCAGUAUCUUCAAGUCGUGAAGGGCCUGGUUCUCCUGCUGGGCUUUCAAUCGCACAGUUCAAUCGCGUUUCUGGGAAAGAUCCACUGAAAGUUCAUCAACUUCUACAGAGAAAGAUGGGUAUUUUGAAUGUAAUAGAAGUUAUUGAGUUGCCUCUGGAGCUUGCUUACCCUCUUUAUCUGGCUGCUAGUGGUGACAGUCAAGAUCUUGUAAUUAGAAGAGGAGAGGAGCUUUUGAGAAGAAAGGCAGUUGGUGUCAACCUAGAAGAUCCAAAACUGAUACAGAAGCUAUUUUUGUUAUUUAAUGGUACAGUUGGUGUUGAGGAUACUGCAAUUGAAUCCAGGAUCAAUCCUGGUUGUAUUUCUUUGAGAGCUCGGCUCAUGUCUGUCUUCAGCCGCUCAAUUACUGCAGCAAACUCUUUUCCUUCCACUUUGCAGUGUGUUUUUGGCUGCCUCUAUGGGAGUGGUACUACUUCAAGGUUGAAGCAGUUGGGCAUGGAAUUCACUGUCUGGGUAUUCAAACAUGCAACAAUGGACCAGUUGAAGUUUAUGGGACCUGUGAUUCUUAGUGGACUAUUAAAAUCUCUUGAUGGUUCUUCACUCAUUGAAUCAGAUAGUAGUGCAAGGGAAAUGAAAGCUUUUGCAUUUCAAGCAAUAGGUUUACUCACCCAACGGCUGCCUCAACUUUUCAGGGAUAAAACUGAAAUGGCGGUUCGCCUUUUUCAUGCUUUAAAAGUGGAGGACCAAAGUCUUCGUUCAACCAUUCAAGAAACUACCAAUUGUGUUGCCUUGGCUUAUAAGGAUGCCCCUCAACCUGUCUUGAAGGAUUUAGAAGCACUUCUAUUGGAAAACUCACAGGCGGUGCAAAGUGAAGCAAGGUUCUGUGCUGUAAGGUGGGCAACAUCUUUGUUCAACCUGCGACAUUUUCCCAGCCGUUUCAUAUGUAUGAUUGGGGCUGCUGAUAACAGGAUGGAUAUAAGGGAGAUGGCACUUGAAGGUCUCUUUCUUAUGAAAGCUCCAAGUCAAACCCUUGGUCAGGGUGAUGAUCCUAAGUAUCCACAAUUCUCCAGUAUGCUGGAUUACAUUUGUCAGCAGCAGCCGAAGUUGCUGGAUACUUCUGAAGCACAGGACAGAGAACUGUUGUUCCCUUCAGCAAUGUAUACAGCUAUGAUCAGGUUUUUGCUGAAAUGCUACAAGGCUAAUUUUGACACAGCUGACUUAACAAGGGAAGCUGCGGCUUAUUCUUCUUCGAUGCUUUCGUUGUGCCUUAUACUUGAACAUGCUAUGGCAUAUGAUGGCUCCAUUGAUCUGCAUUCAACGGCUUCAAAGGGAUUAGUUUUUGUUGGAUCUGAGAUGCCUGAGAUGAUAGCGUCACGCUACGCAGGACGAAUUUCGUGGUUGAAAAAAUUCCUAAGCCAUGUGGACAUUGACACUCGUGAAUCCACAUCACGUUUACUCGGAAUUGCUUGUUCAGCCCUAACUGCAUCUGCAGCAUCUGAGCUUAUCUCCGAGCUUUGUUCCCUUUUCAACCGGAACAAUAAAAUAAGAUUUGAGAGUCAUCAUGGAGCAAUAUGUGCUGUUGGAUAUGUUUUAGCACAGUGUAUGACAGGGACACCUCAUGUUCCAGAUGGACUUGUACAUAGUUCCAUCAGCAGCCUGGUAGAUGUUGUGAAGUCUGAGGGUUCAGCUUUGGCUGCCACUGCUAUGGAGGCUUUGGGUCAUAUAGGAUUACGUUGUACUCUCCCUGCACUUGAUCAUGGCCCAACAUCAGCUGGAGUUCUUACGACCUUGCAUGAAAGAUUGAUCAAGCUACUUAAUUCUGACGAUAUCAAGUCCAUUCAGAAAAUUGUGAUAAGUCUGGGUCAUGUUUCCAUGAAAGAAACAUCAUCUGCUGUUUUGAAUGAAGCUCUUGACUUAAUUUUUUCUCUAUGCAGGUCAAAGGUUGAAGAUGUCCUCUUCGCUGUCGGGGAGGCUCUCUCUUUUAUAUGGGGUGCAGUCCCUGUGACUGCUGAUGUCAUACUCAAAACUGAUUAUACAUCUCUUUCCCAGUCCUCAAACUACCUCUCUGGUGAAGUCUCCAUAUAUGUGUCAAGAAAUGGCUCUACUAAAGAGACAGAGGCCAAUGAAGAUGUUCGUUCUUUGGCAAGAGAUGUAAUAACUAAAAAGUUGUUUGAUGGACUGCUUUAUAGCAGUAGAAAAGAGGAGCGUUGUGCAGGAACUGUUUGGCUAUUGUCUCUAACGAUGUACUGUGGACGUCAUUAUAAAAUCCAGCAGCUGCUCCCUGAAAUUCAGGAGGCCUUUUCACACCUCCUUGGCGAACAGAAUGAACUUACACAAGAACUGGCAUCUCAAGGCAUGAGUAUUGUGUAUGAACUUGGUGAUCCUUCGAUGAAAGAAGACUUGGUUAAGGCUCUUGUUACCACAUUGACGGGUUCGGCAAAGAGGAAAAGAGCCGUAAAAUUAAUGGAAGAUUCUGAAGUGUUUCAAGAAGGGGCUAUUGGUGAAAGUCUUGGCGGAGGAAAGCUCAGCACCUACAAGGAACUAUGUAAUCUAGCCAAUGAGAUGGGCCAACCGGAUUUGAUCUACAAGUUUAUGGACUUAGCUAAUUAUCAAGCCUCUCUUAAUUCUAAAAGGGGUGCUGCUUUUGGAUUCUCUAAAAUUGCAAAACUUGCUGGGGAUGCUCUGAAGCCCCACUUAGCUCUACUAGUUCCCAGGCUUGUCCGUUAUCAGUUUGAUCCCGAUAAGAAUGUCCAGGAUGCAAUGGGACAUAUCUGGAAGUCGCUUGUGGCAGAUCCAAAGAAGACUGUCGAUGAAUACUUUGACAACAUUCUUGAAGACUUACUGAGCCAGUGUGGGUCGAGGCUCUGGCGUUCACGUGAGGCCUCAUGCCUUGCCCUUGCAGAUAUUAUUCAUGGGCGAAAAUUCAGUCAGGUCUCUAAGCAUUUGAAAAGAAUUUGGAUAGCCGCCUUUCGAGCUAUGGAUGACAUAAAGGAGACUGUACGAAAUGCUGGUGAUAGUCUAUGUCGGGCAGUGACUUCACUUACAAUAAGGUUAUGUGAUGUAUCUUUAACUGCAGCAUCAGAUGCAAGCCAGACAUUGGAUAUUGUGCUUCCUUUUCUGCUUGUUGAGGGUAUAGUGAGCAAAGUUGCCACUGUCCAGAAAUCAUCAAUACAAUUGGUUAUGAAGCUGUCAAAGGGUGCUGGGAGUGCAAUCCGGCCGCACCUGCCAAAUCUUGUCUAUUGCAUGUUAGAAAGUUUGUCAAGUUUGGAGGAUCAAAGCUUCAAUUAUGUUGAGUUGCACGUAGAGAGAGUUGGAAUUCAUGCAGAGAAGCUUGACAAUUUACGCAUCUCUGUUGCAAAAGACUCUGCCAUGUGGGAUACUCUUGAUCUUUGUCUUAAAGUGGUUGAUGUCCCUACACUUGAUGAGUUGAUUCCUCGUCUAGUUCAACUAGUUCGAUCUGGCGUUGGUUUGAAUACAAGGGUGGGAGUUGCAAGCUUUAUUAGUCUAUUAGUGCAAAAAGUGGAUAGAGACAUUAAACCUUUUACAGGCACCCUAUUGAGGGUCAUGUUUCCUGCGGUUCAGGAAGAAAAGAGUAGCAUAGGAAAAAGGGCAUUUGCAGCUGCAUGUGCUAAUUUACUGAAGUAUAGUGGUUCUUCACAAACCCAAAAAUUGAUUGAGGAUGCAGUUGCGUUGCAUAAUAAAGACAGAAAUGCCCUCGUGUCUUGUGUUCUUCUAUUGAAAAACUUCUCGCAUAUUGCAGCAGAUGUUGUGAGCGGUUAUCAUGCAACCAUUUUGCCUGUCGUAUUUGUUGAGAGAUUUGGAGACGAGAAAGAUGUCAGCAGCCAGUUUGAGGAAUUGUGGGAAGAAAUAGCGAGCAGCGAAAGAAUUACCCUUGAGUUAUAUUUAUCUGAAAUAGUUUUACUCAUAUGUAAUUGUUUGACAUCAUCAUCAUGGCCUAACAAGAGAAAGUCAGCGAAGGCAAUCACAAGGUUGGCUGAAGUCUUAGUUGAAACCUUAUCUCUUUUCCACAAGGAUCUUCUUAACAACCUUCUGAAAGAAUUGCCUGGGCGUUUAUGGGAGGGGAAAGAGGAAAUUCUGCAUGCUAUAGCGGCUCUUUGCACAGCUUGUCACCGUUCAAUAUCUAUGGAUGAACCCGCGACCCCCAAUCUUGUUUUGGGCACAAUAUCUUCUGUCUGCAAGAAGAAAAUCAGGCCGGCAUAUCGAGAAGCAGCUUUUUCUUGCUUACAGCAGGUUAUAAAAGCGUUUAAUAAAUCUGAAUUCUUCGAUAUGGUUUUACCCAUGUUGUUUGAGGUCUGUACUCAAACAAGCUCCCUCAUGCCUAAUCCAGCUCUCUUCGCUGAUGCUGCUAAAGCAGCAGAAGACAGAUCUGAAGAAGAUACAUCUGUACCAACUGAGAAAGUUUUUGACUGUAUUACAUCCUCUAUCAGCGUGGCACAAUUGCCGGAUAUUGUUAGACAGGGGAAGGACUUGAUACAUGUGUUUUUUUCUGCCUUCUCUCCCACAUUUUCCUGGAUAGUCAAGAUGUCAGUUUUCUCAUCGAUCAAAGAAUUCUUCUCGAAGUUUCACCAUGAUGCCUUGAAGACCAGUGAUGAUUCCUCUCUGCUGUUGGAUAUCACUGCUCUAGUCCAUGAGGCUCUUCACUCCUUGGCCCCUAAAGUAGUGGAAUGCAUAAGCAUCAUUAAGAUUGCCCAGGUGCAUGCAUCUGCUUCUGAGUGUCUCCUAGAGAUGAUCGAAGUGCAUCGGACUCUUGUGCCCAAGAAGAUAGAAGUCGGUUUUAGGGAUGAGCUUGUACAUUUGAUCGAAAUUGAGAGAAAUGAAUAUGCAAAGUCUUUGCUGAAAAAAGUCUCUAGACAUACUGGAAGAUGUUUCAACCAUGGACACUUAGAUGAAUUCACAGCUGCAGCGGAACCAAGGAAUUUGGCAUCGCAUUAAUUCGCUGAAGGUGAAUAUGCAAAGGUUGCUGGCUCCAUCACUUCUGCUGUCAUGAGGUUUACAUUAUAACUGUAUGAGUCAAGGAUAUUUAAUGCAUGUCUAUGUAAUAUCGAGAUGUUGAGUCUCUUACUUGUAUCAGGCUUGUCCAACCCUCUCCUUCACCCACAUUUUCUGGCAUGAGGGAGCAUUUUGUUGAGAGAGAGAGAGAGAGAGAGAGAGAGAGAGAGAGAGAGCUUUGCAUCGUAUUCUUUUCUAAUAGCUGAGUGUUUUCUUAUUUUUUGAGAAUAAAAAGAAAGAGCAUUAUGAAUA